CUAACGGAUACAUAUCGCCUCUAUUUCAAUCGAAAGUACCUAUUUACCAUUACUUCAUCAACCUGCAUCAACUUGACAGUACGCUCUAGUAAAGCAUCGAAUCCACAGCAAAGAGUACCUUUUCAGACCUCAACAUCCUUGACUUGAUUCUCAAGUACACGUGACGCCACACGGGCUCCGUCCCGUAUUAUCUGUCCGAUCAGCUCGUGCGCCACCGGCCAGACAACGAGUCGUGUCGCCCGUCAUGGUCUGCGGUAAAUGCCAGAAGAAGCUCCAGAAGACUGAGCUGGCUACUCCGGGCGUGAAGCGGAAGAAUGAUAUGUACUACGGCUCUCCGUCUACUACGUUAGGUGGCGGCGGAGAUGCCAAGUCUAAGCCGACUUUGGGGAAUACGGGGAUCAGUAAGAACAAACUCUUGAGUGCAAAGGCAAAGAACCCCUACGCUGCAUACGCAUCUUCAUGCGACCAAUGCAAAACCAAGGUCGAGCAGGGCCGCAAAUACUGUCAGACAUGUGCGUAUAAAAAGAAUGCAUGUCCGAUGUGUGGAAAGAGUUUGAGUUCAAAGACCUCGACAACCCAGCCGGUUGUACAGGGGCAGAAGUUUAAUUUGAAGUAGGAUGGGGUGAUCUUGUGAUAUGCUGUUGUGGUGAUGAUUUAUUUCAUAUUUGUGGUAAUAUUGUUUCUUGAUGGCAUUGUCCAAGAGAUUGGGUAUUAUGAUUGGGAGUUUUAGGAGUUACUUAUAGGAGCGCUCAAUGGGAAUGGAGAAACUUGAAAAUCAUUUUGCGAACUGAUAAUAG